UCUCCAUCUGUCUCUCUGAUCGGCGGUCCAGACCUGCAGCAGCAGCUGGAGGAGGAGGAGGAGGAGCAGCUGGUGGCUCGGUGGUCCUGAGAGGAGGUUCUAGAGAAGGAGGCGUGGAGCAGUGGAGCAGCAGCAGCCGCAGUGUCAGUCGGCGUGAGGCCAACCAGAAGCAGAAGGAGAACCUGCACAAGGAGAAGAAGAAGAAGGGCAACCAGGACGCUCCCCGAGGGCUCCUCAAGCAGCGCGGGCAAGUGGAGCUCCGACAGGAGGAGGCGCAUUAGCUCAACUUCUGCACGCUUCUGGCCCGGCGAGCUCCCAGAGAGCAGGAGGAGAGGAGCCCAGCGAGGAGCAUCCACGCCCCCCAUGGACUUUAAGGCCAACCUCAAAGGCCUCAAGGCCAAGUCGGAGGAGGAGCGCAAGGCCAGCUCCCCCCCGCAGGUCGACUUCCGCGGCGUGUUGGGCAAGAAGGUCGCCGGCGGCAACGGGAGCAAAGAGCCAAAAGGCAAGAAGGCCGAGGACUUUCGCUCCGUCCUCACCAACAAGAAGAAGUCGGGGAGCGGCGAGAAGAACGGGGAGAAUAACUGCGUGGACGGGGGGAUUAAGGAGCAGGCUGGAGAAGGAGGUAGAGGAUGUGGAGGAAAGGCCCCGGAGUUCGUGGAGAAGCUGAGCGACGUGACGGUGCUGGACGGACAGAGGCUCCGGCUGCAGUGCCGCCUCGCCGCCUCCGACGCCGAUGUCAGCUGGACGCUGGACGGGAAGCUCAUCAAGUCGUCCAAGUUCAUCGUGCUCUCCAAUGAAGGAGGACUCUGCUCUCUGACUAUAGACAAAGCUCUGCCAGAGGAUGAAGGACAAUAUAAAUGCAGAGCGGAGAACUCAGGAGGCAAAGAGGAAAGUUCCUGCAUGGUUCUCAUUGACGAUCCAUCAGAAAACUCUCCGGCUGACAAGAAAUCCAAGAAGACGACUCCGACCUCAGAGAGUGAAGCAAGAAUAAAGAAACCGACAGCCAAGACUCCUCCCAAACAAGCGCUGCCUCCUCAGAUCCUGCAGUUCCCCGAGGACAUGAAGAUCAUGGCGGGGGAGAAGGUGGAGAUCCUCUGCAAGUUCUCUGGAGCUCCGCCCAUAAAUUGCACCUGGCUGAAGUUCAGGAAACCAAUCCAGGGCUCAGGUGAUAUCUCCAUAGAGAGCAGUGACAGCAGCAGCAGGCUGACCAUCAGCAGUGGGCAGCAGGAGCAUUGUGGGUGUUACACUAUCGAGCUGAGGAACCUCGUGGGCCUCCGUCAGGCCGCCCUCAACCUCACCAUCGUCGACAAACCUGAUCCCCCAGCGAGGGUCCCCGCCGCCUCAGAUGUGCGGCGGUCCAGUCUUACCUUGUCCUGGUACGGGCCCACCUACGACGGAGGCAGCGCCGUGCAGUCCUACAACCUGGAGAUGUGGGACUCAGUGGAGCCGCAGUGGAAGCUCCUGGCCUCCUGCAACAGCACCUCCUACAACGUACAGAACCUUCUCCCAGAGCGGCAGUACAAGUUCCGCGUCCGGGCUGAGAACAUCUACGGAGUGGGAGAGCCAAGCGCUGAGUCAAUGCCGGUGACUGUCGGCCUGGCGGAUGAUGAUGAGGAGGCCGAGGCAGAGGAGGAGGACGAAGACGUGGACAAGGAGCCAGACUACAGAGAUGUGUCCAUCAGGACGGACGUGAAGGUGAAGGAGCUGUACGACGUGGAGGAGCGUUUGGGAACGGGGAAGUUCGGUCAGGUGUUCAAACUGGUGGAGAAGGCCACGAAGAAGGUCUGGGCAGGCAAGUUCAUCAAGGCAUACUCGGCCAAAGAAAAGGACAACGUCCGGCACGAGAUUGGCAUCAUGAACAGCCUCCAUCACCCCAAACUGGUCCAGUGCAUCGACGCCUUCGAGGGCAAGUCUGACAUCGUCAUGGUGCUCGAGAUGAUCUCGGGGGGCGAGCUCUUCGAGCGGAUCAUUGAUGAAGACUUUGAGCUGACAGAGAGGGAGGUUAUCAGAUACAUGCUACAAAUCAUCGAUGGAGUCAGCUUCAUCCACAAGCAGGGCAUCGUCCACCUGGACCUCAAACCCGAGAACAUCAUGUGUGUUAAUAAGACCGGUGGAAAAAUCAAACUCAUCGACUUCGGACUGGCCAGGAGACUAGAAAAUGCCGGGACUCUUAAGGUGUUGUUUGGGACUCCAGAGUUUGUGGCUCCAGAAGUAAUCAACUACGAGGCCAUCAGUUAUCCCACCGACAUGUGGAGUAUAGGAGUCAUCUGUUACAUACUUCUGAGCGGUUUAUCCCCCUUCAUGGGCGACAACGACAACGAGACUCUGUCCAACGUCACCUCGGCCUCCUGGGACUUCGAAGACGACGCCUUCGACGAGAUCUCGGACAACGGAAAAGAUUUCAUCACCAACCUGCUGAAGAAAGACAUGAAGGCCAGGCUCACCUGUGCUCAGUGUUACGAGCACACCUGGCUGAAGCAGGACACCACCACCAUGAAGGCCAAGAAGCUCUCCAAGGAGAGGAUGAAGAAGUACAUCCUGAGGAGGAAAUGGCAGAAAACGGGUCACGCCGUGCGGGCCAUUGGCCGCUUGUCGUCCAUGGCGAUGAUGGCAGGGGUCAGCGCCAAGAAGGGGUCGCCCACCGAAGAGGACAACCAGUUCCUAGAGUGUCUGGAGCUGGAGCAGAAGACGGAGUGUAAGCCCACCUUCAGCUCGGUGAUCAGAGACGUGGAGGUGGUGGAGGGCAGCGCGGCCCGUUUUGACUGCAAGAUUGAAGGUUUCCCCGAUCCAGAGGUGGUCUGGUACAAAGAUGAGCAGCCGAUCAAAGAGACGCGACAUUUUCAGAUCGACUACGACGAGGAUGGAAACUGCAGUCUGGUCAUUUCAGAGGUGUCGGGCGACGACGAUGCCAAGUACACGGUGAAGGCUGUCAACAGUCUCGGGGAGGCGACCUGCACCGCCGAGCUGCUGGUGGAGGUGAUGGCCGGAGAGGAAGAGGAAGAAGAGGAGGAGGAGGAGGAGGAGGAAUAGGGCAUGUGUUGGUCUGGACUCCCACAGGAAACAGGAGGAGAAGAUGGGUGUGGUUUCGUCAUGACCAGUAAUGUGUCACCGCUGUAUGCUAUGCUGGAGAACAGAAGCCCUGUCCCCCUCUGGUUAGCCUCCAUCCAUUGGUGGAUUUCCUCUGACAGUUAAUUGCAUUGCAUUUUUGGUCUUACAUCACAUUCAAAUAUAAACUUAUAUUAAUAAAAAGUUCAUGAUUCACAUCUUGUACAAACACACAGAUCCACUAAUCAACAGGUGGCGCUUGUGAGUUCAGAGACACAGUUGUUUUUCCAUUAAUAUGUCACAAAAAGAUGUGAAUUAUGACCGUUUCCAUCAUCGUCUGGAUAUAUUAAACUUGUCUAAAUCUUUGUGAUCUGCCAGUAAAGAUAACAGAGAUAACAGUCAUUAUCCGUAGUGACCACCAGGGUCUGUGAGAAAACAACUCUUCUUCUCUUUUAAUUUAUUCCCUCAAAAAAACUUUGUAAACAUGAGAUUGUGGUCUCAAUCUCUAGUUUCAAGUUUUCUUCAAUACAGAUGAUGACAGUUAGACUCUAGAACCUCGAGGCUUUAGAAGGUCCAGAAAGCAAAGGGUGACUACGGUCACUUCAGUCAUGUGGCCUUAGAGUUUGUUACUUAUUCAUAACCGUUUCCUAAAUCUAUCAAUGGAACUGUGUGUUUGAGCAAAUGAGCAUGAAGAAAUGUUUAUAGAAACACAACGACUGGUCCUAAAUAUUCCUAAAAAAAUACAACUACAGCUUGGAGGGUUAAAAAGCCGAGAUGUCGUUGUUCAACACCAAAACAUCCCAGUGCCAACUCAGAAACACAUUGAUGAGGAGGUGCUACUCCUGUUGUGUGCAGCUCCCAGGGCUUCUCCCCCAAAGACUCAUGGGAGCUGUAGUUGUUUGGGCGUGGGCCUUUGUAGAACCAAACCCUGCCGAGUUGGAGCAUGGGAACCGUCUCCCUGUGGGAGGCCGGGUGAGGAGGUGGUCAACAGUGACCCUAAGCAUGGCGUUAGCGGGGUUUUAGAUGGAGUGGUAAAGACUCAAAAGCAACUGAAAACAACUGCAUAAUAAACCUCACUAGAACUCAUUUCUUAUUGACAGCUAACUAGCAUCUGUUAGCUAGUUCCACUCCAAUAAUGUUUUAGCUUGGUAACGCGCAAGCAUUAGUUUAUAAGAACAUAGUUUGGGUCACCGUUAGCUAACAAAAAAUAGCUAACGUCAGGAGUUAUUUGAGUCUGUUCUGAACCACCAGAAUACAGUGUGUGCAUAAUGUGAGCAGAAACUAGAUUUGUAGCUAACAUUGGCUCAGUGAUCUUAGCAUAUUAGCUGACAGUGGCUCAUGUUAGCUAACGGAGGCGUAGUGAUGCUAGCAUUCAACAUAACAACAUAGCACAGUAAUGAGUUUUACAAUGCCGGGCAGGAUUUCUUGGUGAUGAAAUCUUCUAGUGGCUCUGAACUGCUCAUGACCCAUAAAAUAAGUGCCUUAACGAACCGGACUCUGUGACUGUGAGACUCAGGGAGAGAAAACAAUGACAUCACAAAACCACAUUUUUGUUUGUAAUCAGGUAAUGUUGAACGUGGCGCUUUGCUUCUUCCUUUUGAUCAUUUUUAUUCCCUUCUUCGUAUUUUAAACUUUUUGGUGGAUGUAAUCACGCUAUUGGCCUUAAAGCCAAAUGGAACAACUUUUUAUCAAAUCACUUCUGAGACCUUUUGGGACUAUAAAAGUAUGUUUCCUUCCUGGUGGUUUGACAACACGUUAGUUAGCGUGUUUUCACAGAAUGCUAGUUCAAAAUAUUGCUGUAAUACUCUUUGGUACAACUCUUAACUCGUAAACUCACUUCAAGGAAAGAAAACUUAAAAAACUUAAUAAAUAUGUAUUUUCUACUUA